AUGGAGAAAAUUUACUUCUUUCAGUGCCCCCGUUGCAAAUUUUUUGAUGAAAAAUUGACUGUGGUCGUUAGUCAUCUCGGUGUCGUGCACAGUGGAGAGCACAACUUCCUUGUCACAUGUGCUGUGGACAGUUGUGGAAAGUCAUACAGGCACGUCGAGUCGUGCAGAAAACAUCUAUACCGGAAGCACAAGGAUGCCAUUUCGCCACCUGAACCUCCGCAACUAGAAAGCCCCAUGGAGUGUGAAAGUGCACAGAAUGACCCAGUUCUCCCAGAUGAAAGUGCGCAGGAUGACCCAGUUCUCCCAGAUGAAAGUGCGCAGGAUGACCUAGUUCUCCCAGGUGGAAGUCGUGACAAUCCACCAUCCACCAGCACCACCAAGCCUCAGACAUUUGAAGAGUUUCUUUCCACCAUGACCAAGACUGUCUGCAUGUGUUUCUUUAAGUUGACAGAAGAGCACAAGGUGCCUCACAGUGCAGCAGACUUGGUGUUUGCAGACAUGCGGUUCAUGCAUCAGGUUGUAUUAGAACAAUUUGCUGGACAGGUUAAACAGGCCUUGCUAUUCAGCUACCACGCACUGCCCAGAGAACUAGCAACUCCACUUGAUUGCACCUUUGUUGAACAGAUUUUCAGCUGUGUCAGGUCAAAGCAUGCACGAGAGCAGUUCGCAAGAAACAUGUUUCCGUUUGUGAGUCCAGAUGAAAUGAAAGUCGGAGAUGAAGGUGACACAUUUCAAUAUGUAUCGAUUGGAAAAGUGCUUACAAAUAUCCUCCAGUUGAAGGCAGCUCCAGAACUCUUAAUUGAUGAGCAUGUCCCCACUUUGACAGACGAUGGGUACAAGACCUAUAAAGACUUCAGGGAUGGAUCCGUGUAUGAAAGGUUACGAGAUGUUGUGACAGACGCAUCUGUAAUGACGCUCUUUGUGCUACUCUACAUGGACGAGGUGGAAAUUGCCAACCCCCUCGGGGCCAAACGUGGAGUCCACAAGCUGACAACAGUGUAUUUCACACUGCUAAACAUCCACCCACGGUACAGAUCAAGGUUGAGGUCUGUCUACUUAGUCAUUCUAGCAAAAUUUAAGGAUGUCGAAAAACAUGGGCUUUGUGCCAUCCUGAAACCACUACUUGACGAUUUGGAAGAACUCAGCAGCACUGGCCUCACUGCAGCUAUAAAUUGUGUUCCACAAAAUGUGUAG